ACUAUUUGUGUAAACGACAGACAAAUGUCUAAUUAAUAGUGAAAUGAAAUUUAAAUUUCUUAAAUAUAAGUCAUUUUAUGUGACCAUUGGAUCCGUUUCAUUGAUCUCCAGACAUGUGUUUGCAUUCAGUUUUGGUUAUUUUGGUCAGUCAUUGGUCUCGAAGUACAACCUCUUCGGCAAGAAUGAGAUCAAAUCGACCACUUUUGAUGAGAACAAGGAUUACAUACAUCUGAACGAAGAGCUUAAUAGCAGUUAUUCAGAGGACACGGUCUCCGAGUCGAGUACAACUCACUUACAAUUAUUGGGUUUAAUUCAGUCCACAAAUCGCGACAAUCGGGUCUCAGAGACGGCCAUCUCUGCCAUCGCUAACACUAUACUCAAUGACUUUCAGUACCGAGAAAUUGCUCAAAGUUGUGAUUUCAAGACAGGCCUCCGAUUGGCCCGAACUCCCGGUGUUUCGCCCAAAUUGUUUUUGCCUCCUCUGCGGACUCAUUACUUUACAACCGCCGCAAACCCUAAACCUGUCUAUGAUUUUAAUAAAUUUGUGCUAAAUAUGUUGAAUAAGGCCUACAAUUGUGGUGCCGAUCAAACCGAGGACUUCGACUGUACGCGACUUUUCACUCAAUUGUCGAUCGAGAAGCUGGAGAUGGGAAGACAUUCCCAACAAAUAGAAGAACCCUUUGAUUUCACUGAUAUUCAAACUUUUAAACCACUGUCGAGUGACGAGAGUCCGAAAGUGAAUUCGCUUUUCUUACAGGCGAUCUCACAGAAUAUUCUGUGCGACAAAACUCACUGCAAAGCACUGGUAGACAACGGAUUGUUUCUGGUUUUGCAUUACUUGCGAAACAACUACUCCAAUGUUGAGCUCCACGACUGGAUCGCACAGACAUUGGCUAAUCUGAGCGUUUAUAAGGAUUUUCACUCACAUUUCUGGUCCACCAAUUGGUUCGGCGUUUUGGUUGAAUGGCUUCAAUCAGAUCGACUCGAAUGGAGUCUCUCUGCGGCUAAAAUUCUCUAUAAUUUGAACGAAGACUCCAAUGAAAACUUAUUGCCUGAUUCUAUAUACGUAUUGAAUCCCAUAUUUCACGACAAAAUCGACAAAAACGUUGAUAUAGUUUUGGUUCACGGAUUACUCGGCGGUACUUUCAAGACAUGGCGUCAAAAUGACACCGAAAAGGAUGUCAAAGGUGCGACCAACUCUUACACGCGGUGUUGGCCACAGAAAUGGUUGGCGAGUGAUAUCCCAGACAUUCGGUUAUUAGCUGUCAAUUAUCAAACAUAUAUAAGUAAUUGGAGUAUUGAAUGUCAGGACAACAAAAGUAUCUUUACAUUGAAACAAAGAAGCGCUCAAUUAUUGAAAGAUUUGGCUUCGAGUCGAGUCGGAGAAAAGCCCAUCAUUUGGAUCUCGCAUUCUAUGGGAGGACUUAUUGUCAAACAAAUGCUCGUCGAUAUCAACGAAAGCAAUGAUCCAAAGCUUAAGUCUAUAUUGAAUCAAACGAAAGGAAUAGUCUUCUAUUCGGUUCCACAUAAGGGCACAGAAAUGGCUGUUUGGACGCCAUAUCUCCAAAAGAUUAUAUCUCCCUCUUCUGAACUCUUGGAACUCCGAAAAGGCAUCAAUUGA